CACAGUGUUUCACUUACUGCUGGCGAGUUAUGAUUCUAUCACCUAUUUGUGAAAUUUAAUAAUCGAGUGUUCGUGUGUCGCGUGACACAUACUUACCCACUGUACAACAGAAUUCAUGAUCUGUGACCAAGCAGAGAUAUCUACGUAGUCACCGACGCCAACGAUAUAGACGCAUUCGAUUAGUAUGAAAUCGGAUUGCACAGCCGAUAUCCACGUUCAGUGCUCAUUUUGGAAACAGUGAAUUGAUAAGUUUUCCUUUGGAAGAGCGUUUCUAAUUUUUAGUGUCUAAAAUGUCAAAGUGUAAUGUUUGGAGUGGAAUAAUGACAGCGUAGAGAUGCAAUAAUAUUUAUACCAUAUCACCGACGUCGACGUACAUAUACGUAAAGUAUAUGUAGCCAAUUAUGAAGGACAAAAGACUAGAAGUGAAGCUAAGUGUCCGCGGAGACGGUUCACUGGGUCGGAACAGUACAAGGAGCAGUAUAAGAAGUAACCGAAGUAAUAUAAGUAGUAGCGGAGGUUUGCCUGUGAGCGAGAUAUUCGCCAAUGAUCGCUUCACCAAUAUACCACACAAUACUCCUUUCGAUGUAAAUGACAAAUAUCGGCGUCGCCCAAUUCAACAAGGCUAUCCUGCUCAGAGUCUGCAAGUUUUGAAUAAUUAUGAGCAGCAGAGACCGUACGAUUAUGAUAGGCGGGACAGAAGCAACCCGUACAUCGACUAUGGGGAACCAUCAAGGCACAUGCCGCAGCCUCAAUACUACUCGGCGUUUGAAGAUCUUCGGUAUCGACCAAUGUACCAAGCGCCACCGGGCUACGUAUACAGCACUCUACCUCGAACACCGAUCUAUGAGCACGAGCAACACCGGGGUGCUCCAAAUUUUGGGCAUAACACAUUACCAGCUAGGUCCAGCCUGAGGCGAGUGCGCAUCAGUACGCAACGGCCUAUUGUGUAUGGUUACGAUAGAAAGUCGAUCGGGUACGGUAUUCGUGGAGGUUGUUUAGGCGGCUGGAUAACAAAUAACGGAUGA